UUAAUGUUAAGUAUAAGAACUGUGAAAUAGUGUUGAAGGAAGGUGACAUCACGACUCUGGACACAGAUGCUAUUGUUAAUGCUGCAAAUGGCAGACUGGAACACAGGGGUGGGGUUGCAGCAGCCAUUGUGCAGAAAGGUGGGUUUGAAAUUCAAGCUGAAUCCAGUAAAAUUAUGAAAGAAAGAAGGAGUGAACUGAAAACUGGAGAAGUAGUGUCAACUAAUGCUGGUAGACUCAAAUGCAAGACUAUCGUUCAUGCUGUUGGACCCAUUUGGAAUAAUGGAAGGGAUCAGGAAAUUUUUACCUUUCAGUAGCUGUUCAAAAUUGUUUGGCAUUUCUUGAAAAAAAGCCUUAUACAUCAAUUGCAAUUCCUGCCAUCAGUACAGGUAUUUUUGGUAUACCCAUAGAAGAAGGAACCAAAUGUAUAGUUAUAGCUAUAAAGAAUUAUCUUGAUGCUUACUCAAAUUCUAAAAUAAAGCAUAUUUGUCUGAUUGACGUACGGAAGGAAGUAAUCAGAGCUUUUAAGCUUCAUCUAGAAACGGUGUUUGGAAUCAGUAAAAGCAGAGAAGCCACAUCAUUAAACCCAUCCCUUCCUGGUCCACAACAGAAAGCAACCCCUAUGACGUCCAGAGAAAAUGCUGGCAUCAAAAUAAACCUAACGAUUGAUUCAAUUUCUAAUGCAUCUGUUGAUGUCAUCGUUAACAGCACCAAUAAACAGCUCCAGCUUAAUGAUGGUUCUAUCUCCAAAUUUAUUCUCAAUGCUGCUGGUCCCGAGAUGCAAGAUGAAUGUAACCAGAAAUAUCCUCAAGGUAUUUCUACGUUUAAAAUAGCCAUCACUAAAGGAUAUAACCUCAAAUGUAAGAAUGUAUUUCAUCUGGCAUUACCUUCCUGGGAUGAAAAUUAUUCUCAUUUAAUUCUGGCAAACUUGACUCAAAUAAUAACCAUUUGUCUAUACACUGCGGGGAGAAUGGGAGCAAAAAGCCUUGCAUUUCCCAUAUUAGGAGCUGGAAAAUUGAGGUACCCCAUUGAACAACUACCUGGAAUUAUGUAUGAAGCAGUGAAAAACUACUCAAAUCAAAAUUCAAGCCAGAUCAAAGUUGUAAACUUUGUUGUUUAUCCUCAAGACACAGAAAUAGUAAAGAAAUUUCAUGAAUAUCUCCUAAACAGACAGAAAAAUGAAGGACUUCUUCCAAGAGACACCGUAUCGUCGACACCCAAAACUAAUGUGACAUCCAGAGAAAAUGCUGGCAUCAAAAUAAACCUAACGAUUGAUUCAAUUUCGAAUGCAUUUGUUGAUGUCAUCGUUAACAGCACCAAUAAACAGCUCCAGCUUAAUGAUGGUUCUAUCUCCAAAUUUAUUCUCAAUGCUGCUGGUCCUGAGAUACAAGAUGAAUGUAACCAGAAAUAUCCUCAAGGUAUUUCUACAUCUGAAAUAGCCAUCACUAAAGGAUACAACCUCAAAUGUGACAAUGUAUUUCAUCUGGCAUUACCUGACUGGGAUGAAAAUUCUUCUCAUUCAAUUCUGGCAAACUUGACUGAAAUAAUAACCAUUUGUCUGAAAAAAGCUGAGGAAUUGGGAGCAAAAAGCCUUGCAUUUCCUAUAUUAGGUGCUGGGAUAUUGAAGUACCCCAUUGAAAACCUACCCAGAACUAUGUAUGAAGCAGUGAAAAACUACUCAAAUCAAAAUUCAAGCCAGGAUCAAAGAUGUUUACUUUGUGGUUUAUCCUCAAGACACAGAAAUAGUAAAGAAAUUUAAAGAAUAUUUCCAAGAAAUUUCAACAGAUGGUUCAACUGCAUCAUCAGAAUCGGUCCAUGUUACAUGGUCACCAAUGGGAGACAAGGAAUUAUUUAAAAUUGUUCCAGUCACAAAUGGACCAGAAUAUGACGACAU